AUGUCUUUGACAGGACUUCCCCUCGAACUUCAGGUUCAAAUCUUCGCCUAUUUGGACCCUGAGGGUAUCGUCGCCUUCAGGCAGACUUGCAGACACUUUCAUACGUUAGAGAGAUCUUUCCAUCUUUCUAUCUGGCAGCAAUGCGUCGAAAUACUGUGCUCUGGGAGCCCUCUGUUUCUGCCCACAUUCCAAUUCCCGACGCUGUCCUCUAAGGCUUUGGAAUCGAUGGCAAGGCGAGCCUCGUUGAUGGAGCCCAUAUUGGAAGCCAAGCAAAGAGAUCCUGGUGCAGAACCACUCGCCUUCAAGACCCUUGAUCUAGAGUCUCGUGAAAAUUCGGCAGCUGGAUUUAACGGCGUCUUUUUACUUCCCGGUGGUCGUUUCAUUCUAGCCCUUGGUGACAAAGACCUCCAGGUCUGGGAUUUAGCGCCUUACCAUGAACGAUUUGCCAUGCCUAUCAUCGUCAAGUCGUUCUCUAUCCCCGCCUCUUUAUCCUCUCGCGCCUUUACGGCGAUGGGCAGCAAGGACAGGGUUUUCAUCCUUCUGGAAGACAAUUUCGAUGAAUUGGAGGCCGACAGUGGCCGUUUUGAAGCAUAUGGAGUGAAUGCCAAUGAAGAAUUUGACAUCAACACCGCGUACGAAUUGCGAAUCGCAGGAGAUGAACCCACAUUCGUCAAACUCGGCGAGGUUGCUUUCGUCAGGGAGUACGCCGCAGGGUCCAAGGACCUCUUCACAUUCGCGGAGAACAUGGCGAUAAUGUAUAUCGACGAUGCUCUCCUCGUCUGGGACUUUGUCAAUGGCACAUACGCUGCCUGGUUGGUCCACGGCGCAUCGCCUUUCAGACCAGUACUCGAGAUCUUCUCGUCGAACGGACAUGUCUACGUCCUGAGAGGUAUCGAGUUCUUGGUGUAUCCCAUCCCACCACUUACACCUCUUGGUGAUCGACCCCGCGCCUUACGAAAAUCGGCGCUGUUAGCCUCCCCUGUUCCCCACCCUCAGCGAAUACGUCUUCCGGAGCUUCAUGACUUUGGUCAAUAUUCCAUCUUUUUCGACGACGUCGGCACUUGGGGCUUGGACAGUGCUAGGAAAGGUCCUUAUGCAGUGCGGGACUACCACGAGAACUGGCUCGAGACGAUCUGGUACAACCUCCCCGACCCCCCGGCGUCAAGCGCAGCCACCGUCUCAGUAGCUGCAUCCGAGAAGCAUACCUAUCCACCCAAUAUGUUUGGAAUUGGUGAAGUCGUCAGGCCUUACCGCGGACGGCUCGUCACAGCAUCCUUGUGGGAGGAUUUGGAGUUGGAUGAUGACACUCGGGGGCAUGUGGACGUCAAGGCAUACGCCUCCAUUUCUUCGCGGUACGAUGGUUCAUCCACUGCACAGUCAGCGCAGGAAACGGAAGGAAAGCCGCUCAUCACCCUGGCGCCCGUUCACUCGAACGCGACGGUUUGCGACUUUGACCCUUUCUCUGGCAUCCUGGUUGUAGCUGGCCCUCGGGCUCUUGGCUGCCCGAUUCGAAUUUACGACUUCAUUCGCCCACUUCUCCCAACGACAUCGCCAUAG